AAAAAGAAGAUAGUGGGCCGGAGGAAAGAGUGCGUGUGGGGUAUCGUGAUUCCUCAGGAGUGCAGGGCAGGACGCGCGAGCAUAGUGAGUUUAUUGUUCGAAUCCGGUAAUCUGGCAUUUAACCGGUGCCUUUCCGCGAUUUCUCCACAAAGAGGCUUGAUUCGCCUCCCAUGGGCUUGGGAAUAUAGUGCAUUUGAAAUACACUUGUAACUAUCUGCAUAUAUAAUGUUCAAGAAGAGCAAGAGUAAAGUUCUGGUGGACGAAGCGUCAGAGGAGGACGACGUGUCGUGGCAUCAUGAGCACGCGAGAAAGGAUGAAGACUCCGAGGGAACAAAGGAAGUUCUGAGCCCCUCAACAAAGGAUUCUAAGUUAAAGAAGGUUAAAUCAAAGAGAGAAAAGGGAAGCAAGAAGUUGUUUCCUUCUCAAGAUGAUGAACAUAUCUUGCUAACAGGGGUCACUGUCUCUCCCAGAAGAGGGUCUGCUAAAAAAGGCUGGGAGGACGAAAAGAGUAAACCGCACUCAGAAAAAGACAAAGUGCACUGUCUGUGGGACAGCAUCACCAUGACGAUGAAGCAAAUCACACCUACAAAGAAGAUCGAUAAGAUGGAGGGCUGGGAACCUCCCCAGCUAAACGACAGAUCGGAGGAGGAAAAGAGUGAGUCGGAGAGGAAAAAGAGCAACUCCUCGCCUCUUUCCUCCCCUCUGUCUCUGUCUUUACCACAUUCUCUGGCUUUGCCGUCCUGGGUUGGGUUGGGUAUGGAGGAGGACUUGUCUCGCUAUGCUAGCCUGACUGAGUCACAGACGGGGGGCCCCGCCCAGUGGGCGACUCGUGCCCGUGACAAAUUGGCUGCUGUCCGUCGUCGAAGUCCAGCCAACCUAUCAGAGAGUUCAUGGGAGGGACUUAAAUGAUUUGAUUAUGGGGCACCUCUUAUUAUAAGGAAAGAAAAGUGUUUGUGAAGAUAACCACGCCCCCCUGGAUGACAACUCGUUAAUUGGACAGCCCACCUAUGUGAAGAAGAUGAAGAGUGGGAACCUCAGACCAAAAGUGCCUGCUUUAAGAGUCUUAUUGAUUGAUUAAUUUAGAUUUUUCCAUUUGAAAGAAGCUUCUUCAGCGAAAUCACUGGAUGUACUGCCUUUGCAACCAUUAAUGUGCAAUUGCACCCUGUUGGUGACCAGUGAUAUUGACCAAUGACCAAUGUUCUUUUGUAGAUUAUUUUUAAAUGUCACCUCUGUCCUUUGGACACAUAAAUCCUUAUUUUAUUCCAGCUGCCAAUUAGCCUGAUCACUGCCGUAAAAUGCAAUUGUUAGUGCCAUUAUUUUAGGCCACAGUAUCCACAGUCACAGACAGAGGGCGCAUUGUGUCUCAAUCUCCAUUAUCACUCCAGUAUGGCAAGCCAAAUUGACAUUUAGUCAAUAUGAAUUGUUGAUGUCAACAAUUCAGUUUUCACUUGUUAAAAUGAUAAUUGUUGAUCUCAGGAAUGUAAUUACUACAAGUGAAAAUACUAAUUUUUGAUAUCAGUAAUUACAUUUGAACUAGUAAGGACGUUAAAGGUGCUGAAAGCGAUUUUAGCCGUUCUACUUCCACAAGACUGAGCCGUUGAAUUAGCCACGUCCCUCUUUCCAAAUCUCUGCACUCCAAAGUUACCAAAUUAGCUUAAGUGAUGCCGACAUCAUGCAGAAACAAUUGUUUAAAAAAAACAAAAAAAAAACAACAGCAGCAAAAUAGCGUCCUCAACUGACAAUUGUUAUGAGCAACAUGGCAUAAAAAAUGACAUUAAGCCUCAAUAAUUCGCUGCAACUACAAUACUAUGAAAAUGCACAAAAUGAUGGACAGUUGACAUUUUUCAGGGAUUAGGAAAAAUGUUUGAAUACCUUUCCAUGAAAAAAUUGCUUCGGCACCUUUAAUUCUUGAUAUCACAAAUGACGUCAUCACUCGCAGAAAUACACAUUCUAAUCAAAAAUUAGCAUUUUCACUAGUUGUAAUUCAAUUGUUGAUAUCAGGAAUGGAUAUUUGCACUAGUAACAAUGUAAUUAUUAAUAUACAAAAAAAAAUUGCAUUUGUACUAUCAAGAAGUACAUAGCUGAUAUGUGCAUUUGGAAUUUCAACUAGUAAGAAAUACAUUUUAGAUAUAUUUAAUUGCGUUACAGUGGAUGACAGAUCAUUGUCAAAUUCUACUAGUGAAAAUGCAGUUAUGGAUAUCAAGAAUUACAGUUUUUACUAGUUAAAAUAACAUGAUAUCAAGAAUGUAUAUUCCUGCGAGUGAUGUCAUUUUUUAUUUCAAGAAUUAACAUUUUUACUAGUUCAAAUGUAAUUACUGAUAUAAAAAAUUAGCAUUUUCUCUAGUAGUAAUUAUAUUCCUGAUUUCAAGAAUUAACAUUUUAACUAGUGAAAAUUGAAUUGUUGAUAUGAAUGAUUAAAAGUCAAUUUGGCUUGCCAUACUCCGGAUGCAAUAUCUUUAGUUUGUAUGUAAAGGUUAUCAGUCUGAGAUUCAGUGGGGUUUAAUUUUUUCUGGUAUGUAGUUAGUGAAUGUGAAAUUAUGUAGAAAUGCCUUCCACUAUUUUAAAGGAAUAUUCUAAGUUGAAUACAAGUUAAGCACAAUCAACAGCAUUUGUAGCAUAAUGUUGAAUACCACAAAAAAAAGAAAGAAAUUUCGACUUGUCCCUCAUUUAUUAAAAAAAAUAUUGCAGUUAAAGUAAGCCGCUUAUAAUGGAUGUGAAAGGGGCCAGUCCAUUAACACUAAAAUACAUGCUGAUUUCAAAGUAUAGCCACAAGACAUAAACAUUACACGUUAACAUGAUUAUAGUGUGAUCAAAUCACUAACAGGGUUUACUAGUGUUAUGUUGUCAUGGCAAUGAAUUUGUAAUAUUGGACAUAACGUUACAUAGAUAAGGGAAGCGAUUUUUAACACUAAAAUCAUGUACAAUAUUUAAAUCUUGUGACUAUACUUUUGAGACGGUGUGUAUUUUAGUUAUUAUUGACUUGCCCCCAUUCACUUUCAUUGUAAGCGACUUAAUGUAACUGCAUUUUUUGCACUUUUUUUUUUUUUUUUAUAAAAUUAAGUUAUUUUCUUUGGUAAUCAAUCUUACGCCACAAAUGCAGUCGAUUGAGCUCAACUUGUAUUAAACCCAGAACAUUCCAUUAAUUGUGAUCAGAGUAUAUUUGUGCAGUCUCUACUACCAAGUACAAUCAUAAUGCACUGUUAUUAUUAUAUGCAAUAGUCUCCUUGCUGUAAUCUCAAAUGCUAUAUUGAUUGUGCCAACAAAAUAGUGACGCUCCUUUGCCACAAGGAAGAUUUUAUAUAAAGAGGGCCAUAAAUAGCCUUCUGUUGCUUUAAAUGCUUGAAUUCAACUUCUUGCAGAGUUACAGCUUUAAUCAAACAUACCUGAAGCAGUUAAUCAUGCUUUUUGGAUACAUUUGAAAAAAAACACUUCUUUGUUGGAUACAUUUUGGAACUAAACUAAGGUAGAUCUUUAGGGAACAAGACCCAGUUUUACCCUUGUAAGCCUUCCAAAGACCAAAAGAGCUGUGACGUUUUAUCGCGAAGUACAUUUCUUUGCUGUGCCUCAAUUUAGAAUAUGUCUUAAAUCAACCAGGAAAAUGUGAUCAUGGGGAAACUGUUGACAUAAGUCUUAAUGAUCAUUUCUCUCAAAACACUUGCAACAUGAGAAGUAAAAAAAAUGACAAUCACCAUUUACUGAUAUUGAAAUAUAUUGUAUAGAUAAAUCUUUGGCUAAAUGUCAUUAAAAUGCAUGUUAAAUAUUUGGUUUCAUGGAAGAACAUGUCUUAGUGUCUUAUUGCUGAUUUUAAAAGAUUAUUUAUAAUCAGAUUUCGAUAGAGCAACUGGGUUUGCUUAUUUGUUGUCAUAGCAUUAUAUAAUGAGUCACAAAUAUGUUUUACUUUGAAAAGAAUUUACACAUUGUUAGUUUAGGAUAUAUGCUCUUUCUAUUUUGGGCAUUUGCGAGAGUGUAUCUUAUGUUUUUAAUUAUUAUUGUAUUAUUGUACUAUUUUUUUUUUUUUCCACUGUAUUGAGAUUUUUAGGGGUUGCAGAAUAGAUCCCCCUGUGAAUCAGAAUAAAAAGCUA